AUCGAUUUCAAAAUCAUUGUUACUGGUCAAGAUAGCGAUCGGCAGAAGCGAAAAAGCGGUGGCAAAACGCUCGGAAAUGCGGCUUAUAGCUUGCAUGACAAAGGGUGCAAAAUUCCAAAACUCGAUAUCAAUGGAUCCGAGGUAAAAAGCUUCUUCUUCAAACCGGAACCACUGAAGUGUCAUAAGAACCCAACAAACUGGGUCUACAUUGAUGACAAAAACCAAGUGCAGUACAUUGGGGCAAGAAAGAAUGCGAAGUGCCAUGGAAACUAUGUAACUCGAAAGGACGAUCACAAUAAUAACUUCAGUCCUUUCAACUCUCUUCCCAGUGGGAAACCACUCAAAUCUGAUUUUGCUGUUGUACAGUGUCAAGAUGGGAAGGAGAAAUGGAACGGGAUACUGAUGAGUGUGGUGAGACAAGAUAAAAGUCAGCUUCUCAUGAAAAACGCUACGUCAGCACCUGACAACUCGGGCCUGAGCAUCUUCUUCUUAGGGUUCGAUUCCCUUAGUCACAUGUCUUUCAUAAGAAAGAUGCCAAAAACUCUGGAGGUGUUAGAGAAAUCUCUUGGUUCUGUGGUGUUGAAUGGUGAGUGCGUAUAUUCAUGGGUCACUUUCAGCGCUCAAAGCGUUUCACUACUUCAAGGUUAUAACAUCGUUGGAGAUGGAACACCUCCAAGCUUUUAUACCGAUUCUCACAGCUUCGACGGAAGAAGAGCUCCCACUGACAAGAAAACGUUUUUCCUAACGCGAACUACGUCGACGACGUGUACCCGUGUUUAUACAUACCGUCUGAAAGGUUUCCGUAAGAAACCGACCGACCAUUACCUCAGACCGAUUUUUAAGGAAUAUGAGAAAACUGGAGGACUAUGCCUUGGCUCUGAGCCUCUGCAUAAGGCGUGGUUUCGGUAUGCUCGGGAGUUCAUGCGGGUUUAUCGUGAUAUGCCUCGUUUCCUGCUCAUGCAUCAAGGUCUACUCUCUCACGAUGACAUAAAUUUGAUCGAGGUGGAGGAUGAGGAUGUUGCUGAAGUGUUAAAAACUAUGCACAAGAACGGUGAACUGGACAAUGCCUUGGUCAUUGUUAUGGCUGAUCACGGCCAUCGUUUCGCUAAGUUGAGAGAAACUCAUCAAGGACAGCUCGAGGAGCGACUGCCAUUCUUCUCUAUUGCACUACCUGCAGCCUUCAGAAAAACUGCACACGGGAAGAAGAUGUACGAGAAUCUGAAAAGAAAUAAGGAUAGGUUGCGACUGCCAUUCUUCUCUAUUGCACUACCUGCAGCCUUCAGAAAAACUGCACACGGGAAGAAGAUGUACGAGAACCUGAAAAGAAAUAAGGAU